AUGAUGAAACUUAGGCAACGACGAGUUUCUCUAUUCUUAGGACAGUGUGGAGCGUGUUGGGCCUUCUCAACAGUAGCCAACUUGGAAUACUGGUACAUGAGGAACAACCGGCAAAAUUUGGACUUCUCCGAACAAGCACUGCUUGACUGCGAUACACAAAGCCAAGGCUGCAAUGGAGGUUACCCAAACAGCGCAUUCAAUGGUCAGCUUGUUGCUGCGAUCAUCAAAGUGAAAUACACAGAGUGUAAAUUUUUAUUACCCGCUGUGGCUAUGAAAGAACGUCAAUGGCGAAUAUUAAAAAUUUGUUGGACAAUCCUGAGACUUUUUAUUGUAGCGGUUUUGGUCACACAUGCAAUGCAGUACUUCAAAGGUGGACUGGUCUAUCGGCCAACACAGGCAGAAUGCGCCUCUAAUGUAGGUGGGCAUGCUUGGCUCAUUGCUGGCCUCGACUACGAAGGCAACAAUCCCUAUUACAUCAUCAAAAACAGCUGGGGAACGUCGUAA